AUGCUCCCUUGGAUCUGGUCGGCCGCUCUUCUGGUUUGUUUCUUGGAAUAUUUUUUUCAUAGUUAGUGAUUCAUUUCAAAAUAAAUUUUAAAAAAAUACGGGAUUUAUUUUAUCAUGAUGUAAACUUCCUGAUGAGUGCAAGUUUUCCAAAAAUAUUCUUUUGGCUUUUGGGAAACUAUUAUUUGCUUUCCUAUCAAAAACUAAAAAAAGACCAAGUCGUUCCUAUUAUACAACGUAAUGAAUCAUUCUAAUAUGCAGAUUUUUAAAAAAAUCUAUAAUUUUUGCCCUUUUUUGAACGAAAAAGCUUCUUGCAUGAGGUUCAGAGGAUUUUUUUGAGUUUUCAACCCGCUUUUUUGACAGAUUCCUGCUCUCUGCUACACGUUACUGAGCCCUCCGGUCACUACCAAUUUUCUGAAUACUCGGACAAUCGUGGCAAAAAAUAUAUCAUUGGAAGGGGAUAAUAUUUGGCCGUGUUAUGACUACUAUUUGAACGAUUGGAGCAGCGAUUCAAAAUAUUGUUUCAUCUCCUUCUACUUCGAAGAUCAAAAGGUUGACACGGUUUAAGUUAUCCGAAAAGUGGACUCAAAGCUUAGAAGAAAGUUCUUUAUGACAAGAAACAGCAUAGAAUUACCCAUUUUGUUAUAAAUAUGUAAAAAGUUUUUGAAAAAAAUUUAAAAAGUCCCGCCCGGGCCUUUGAAUUUUAGUUCUCCAGAAUUUCGCUUUUUUUAAAUUGAUUAUUUAAAAAAAUGAUAAAAGAUGAAUUACCGCAUAAAGAGAAAAUUUCAAGUUUUGAAGAAAACUUGAAACACCCAUCACAUGAUCAAUACGACCUUAAAAAACUGCAGAAAAAAAAAACUUUUUUCGGCUCAAAACUUUGCUUUCAACUCGCUCAACCUCUGAAGUUUUAAAAACUUUAAAAUUCUAGUCGUCUUCCAAACGCCCCCCAAAAAAAUUAUGUUUGAACUUUCCAGAAAUGUAACGGAAAACUACGAGAUUUUUUUAACCCUGGAAAAAUUAAAAAUUUCGGCCUUCAGCAAGACUUUUUUCAGCUCUACUGUGCAUUACUCAAUGAAAGAGUGAGCAGUGACUAUCACAAUAAUCCAGAUGGAUAUUUUCUUCCUUUCAACGAAACUCAAUACAACUUUACCCUCCUUCUCACGGAAGACGAUUUGGAAACUUGUGAUUUGGAAAAAAGUUAUGUAGGAAAAUCUGAAGCCACCGAUAACUUUUUCUAGGAUUUCCUAUGCAAUGCCCCGAAGAUUGGUACCCAAUAAUUCGACAGGACGGAACUACCUGGUGUUUAAUGGUUUUUUAGGGAAGAAAGUAGAUUUUUAAAUUAUAAUUUUAGAUGAAUACGACUGUCCAAACUUGGGACGAAGCUCAGGAAAGUUGCAAAGAGUUGGGAGCGCACUUGACCGGCUUCGAAACGGACGAGGAGUUCGAAGAGUUCAAAGGUGGCAUAAUUUGAUGAAACUCAUUCUGGCACAAUUUUCCUCCGGGUUACAGAACCCUUCGAGGAAGAUUCCUUCGACGUGCUAUGUGUAUGCGCCUUUAUUAUAACGGAACUUUUAGUUGAUUCACGGCUGACUUGAGCUAUCGAAAAAAAGGGUCCUGACACGAUAAUGCACGAGAUAGUGCCUGACUCGUGGAGAGCGCAGACAGGCCACGCCCCCUUGCGUCCUAAGCUAGCCGUGAAUCAGCUAUAAGCUAUAUAAAAAACAAAUUCACAGAGAUAGCCCAAAAAACGAAAAAAAGACAAGAACUCAAUCUAAAAAUUCCAAAGUACAAGUUGUAUUUUUUUCAGCCAAUCAUUUUUUUAGUUUUUUUAUUAUUUUUUCCCGUUAUCUUCGUAUUUUAUUUCAUCUAUAAAAGUAUUUUUAAAAACUUUGGACAACAAAAAGUUUUUUUGUCAUUGACGCGCCUUUACUAUUUCCGGAAAAGCUCUGUUCAGCCUUUGUCAGUAACGCCUCUACCACCGACUACACCCAAUACUUGAUCGGAGCUCGAUCUUAUCCACGAUGUCAGAGUAAUAUUGAACCUUGCUCCUUGGGGCAGGUAUUAAAACUACAAAACUAAAGUUUAGCUUUAUCUCAAGGGCUACCAAUGGAUCGGCAACGUCUCCUCAACAAAUAUAAUAGUCUCGAAAUGGAACAAAGGAUGGAUCCCGGCGGUCGGAUGUGCGGUUUAUAAUAGUUUCCAACAAGUCGAUGACAAAUCUCUUCGUGGAGGGUCCCUCAGCGAUGUCAAGUAAUUUUCAUUUUUUAUUGAGCUUUUUUUCACAAAAAUUCUCCAAUAUCAAUGAAAAAAAUUAUCGAAAAUUAGACUUAACAAUAAUAUUUAUUGCACAUGAGGUUACAAAAAAAUAAUAAAAAAAGGUAUCCUAAAAAAACCUAAGAAAAAGAGGUUAAAAGCGUACUUGCUAAACAUUCUUCUUCAUAACUUCCUCGCGAAAACUGUUAAAAUCCCUCUUUUCAGAUUGAUUAAUUUAAUUAACUUUAUUCUUCUAUAAGUUAGAGAAGUCUGCGGGGUUCAAAAACAUAUAUACGAAUUUUGAAAAUUUUGAAACAUUUGUUCUUAGUUUCAAUUCAAGACUUCUGCCAGCACCCAAACAAGAAUUUCUGCAAAUAUAUUGAAAAGAUGAUAAAAUUAGACUGGAUAACAAAGAUUACAGCAUCAUUAUCUUACAAGCCAACUAAAUUCCCCUUUUUCAGCUGCGCCAUCAAGUUUCCCUUCAUUUGCGGAAAAUACGCAGGACUCCUCAAUAAUGAACAAAACUACGAUCAAACUGACAAGUAUCCAAGUUCACUCCAAAUCAGAUUCAAUUGAAUUUUUGUUGGUUUUUCCCAAAUUCGUUGAUCAGUAACUACCUUCAAUAAAACACUGAAGUUGCCCAAUUUAGCAAGAAACAUUUGCGGUCGCGAAAAGCGAGAAUAACAACCAAUAAGUUCGGCGAACGACGCGCCGGUUUCUAGUCUCAAAGAAAAAAAAAAUCAAGAACCAGGAAAAAGUUGAUACUACGGAAAAUCAGAGUUUCCGCUUAUAGUAUUAGUAAAAAGAAAGAGAAUUCCAGACAAUAACUUCUAUUUUCCAAACUUCAAACAGCUGAACUGUUUUUACUGAUUAUUCUAACCUAUGCAUCAGUAUUUGAGCAGCCCAACACUAAUCCAAAAAGGUUCAAAUAGAAAUUUUAAAAAUAGCGCACCUAUCUGAUGUUUUUUCCCCGUUUGACAUCAACUGCACGACUUCAUUUUCGUCGGUUUCCCCUCUUUUCCAUUUGAACCUUUGAAAUCUUCAUUUGAGCGUACAAUUAUUUCAAGUUUGAAACCUUUUUAUUCGAUCCACAAUCAGUUCAGAUGCGCUGGAAUUGCAAUUAAAAAAAAGUAAAAAUGCCGAGGAAAUCAUCAAUCCUUUGAAAUUUAUUCACAAAACUCGAAAACUUCGGAACGAUUUAUCUCAAAAAAAAGAAACGAAAAUUAAUAAAAAUUGAUUUAUUUUGUUGGCGAGCUGUUCGAUUGUCGAGAAUCACAAGUCUUUUUUUCAUUCCUAUAAAAAGUUUGAAACGAUUUUUUUAAAACGAUACUUUUAAUAAAAAAAUUUGAGGUUGUGUGGUGAAGUCGAACAAAUCGCAAAAACGCAGUUAUGAAUACGAGAAAUAACGCAUUCAAAAUAAAGCUGACUUGAGAGUACGUUCAUAAUGCAAAAAAAGAAAUAUCGAAAAAAACCUGAUUCCAAAAAAAUUUUUUUAAUGCGCAUCUAUGCGCAGUUUUGGAGCUUCCGCGUAUUUUUUUAUAAUUUUUUUCUUUAUAAAAAUAUUCAAUUAUGAUUAAUAAUAAAAGCCAAGCGUUCAUCAUCAUAAAGAGAUUGACAUAAUUUCAAGAAACUUAAAAUUCAAAAUUUUACAAUAGCAUUCAAUUUCUAGCUAAGUCUGAAACUUGAGAAUUCAAAACCGCUCCUUUUCGUUUACACUCCUUUGAUAACCAAAAGAAGUGGUUAUUAUCACGCUGAACCCUAAUUUCUAUCGAUCUUCAUCCAAGAAAGGCAACUUCCUCGAUUCAAAACACGUGUUUUCAAAUGACGCUAUUAUCAAUCCAGUCCAACCUUCAAUCAACGGACCAAAAAGUUUGCCGAAAACGUUGACCUUCACCUCUCGUCUUUCGUCCUGAUUCGAUUUGGCCCCUUAUAAACGUGAUUCUCGCGACCCGGAGUGGCAAAAUUUAAUGAAUCUGAAUUUCCUAUUAUUUUUUCUUGGAGCUUUGCUGCUCGUGGAAACCGUCAACGGCGUUACGAGCCAUGGGCCAAGCGGCGAUUUACAUCAUCUCAUGUGGAAAGCUCCUAAAGGGUUCGUUUGAUUGUUCUAUUAUUGGUUUAGUAGUGAAAAACGUCCUUUUUUGUUUGAAAAAAUUGAAAUUUGAAGGCUUUUAACUUUGAAAGAAACGUGAAAAGAAGAUGCUCAAAGUCUUCAAUGGGAUUUUUCUUCGUAAAAAUAUAUUUUUUUAACUUUUUGUAAUUAUGGUAAAUAAAAUGCAAACAAAUAAUUGAUUUUUUUAUAACUAUUCUUCCGUUUUUUUGAACAUUUGGAUGGCUGAAAUUUCUUAAUUUUGUAAGAAGACGUGAAUUUUUCCCAUAAACUUUUAGAAAUGAAGUUGAAAAUUUCAUGUUUUGGAACGGAGUGAAGUUAUUCAUGAUUAUUCAUACAUAUAUUAUUAAAAGAGAUUUUUUUCCAAGGAAUUUUCUACAGUAAACUGUCAAGCAUUCUUUCUUGAGAAAAAGCGAUAAUUUGAUUGAACCAAUUUUAAGAGUUUUUUCAAACAGAAAUUAUCUGAUCUAAUGAUUUUUUUAUAACGUUUCUAACAAUUCCAGGUAUCGACAAAAGAGGUACGGCUACGGCGGAGGCUACGGAGGCGGCUACGGCGGCGGCGUUCCUUACUAUCCUCCAGCUCCUCCAGUAGUAAUCCAUAAAACCGUGGUCAUCCGAGAAGGUCCCGGCUGGGGCUUCAGACCUCCCCCGCCGCCACUACCGCCUCCACCGCCAUUCGGAGGCGGCUUUGGAUGGUGGCGUCACUAG